AUGUGUAUUCAGGGCAGAUACCUGAACAAAGGAGGCAUCAGUGCACUCGUUGUGAUGAAUAACCCCGUUGAUGCAAAGAAAGCCUUCCAAGCACUGGCGUAUUCUCGUUUCCGCACUCAACCGUUGUAUCUCGAAUGGGCUCCUGGUGAUGUGCUCGGUCAAAACUCGACGGAAAAUAAGGUCGCCGAAACUGAAGAGGCUCCUGCUGAAAGUAAUGAAGGGAGACCAGAGAAGGAGAAAAAGAAGAAGAACAAGCGCGAAAUGACGUAUGAGGAGAAGAAAGCGGAGAAGCGGAAACGACGGGGGCAGGAUCAGGAUAUUGCGGAGGAGAAUGUCGGAGAAAUACAGUCGACUUCAAAGGAUGACGGCGAUUCUCAGGAGGCAGCGAAGGCUGUAGAAGAGGAAUGCAAUCCUCCACAAGAGGUAUCUCAAGAUCAAGAGCAAGGUACAGAAGAGGAUGUUAUUGAGCCUGGCUCGACAGUAUUCGUGAAAAAUCUUUCAUUUGAGACAAGCGAGAAGAGUCUUGAUAAGCUCUUUAGGUGA